AUGUCGGCAAAUAGAGACGCCCGUGGUUCUGCUCAAGAUGCUUCAAGCAAGCCGCCUACCCAGGAUCAAAGACUUCUUUGGAACCAAGAAAGCGUUAGAGAUGUCGCAGAAUCAGUCGGUAUCCUCAAACUAAGCGAUGAAGGACUACGCACUCUCUCCCAGGACGUUGAGUACCGCGUUGGCCAAGUCAUCGUCGAGGCCCUUCGAUUUAUGCGACUUGCAAAACGUACCACAUUAACUGUUCAGGAUGUGUCGCAGGCGCUACGAGUAUUGGACGUUGAGCCAUUGUAUGGCUAUGAUUCUUCACGAGCGCUCAGGUACGGCGAGGCUAGUUUGGGUCCCCAGGCCUUAUUUUACGUAGAAGAUGAAGAGGUCGACUUUGAAAAGCUGAUCAAUGCACCGCUACCAAAAAUUCCUAGAGACACCACCUUCACAAAGCAUUGGCUAGCUGUUGAAGGUGUGCAGCCUAACUCCUUAGAAAAUCCUACGACGGCGGAGUCGCGGGCGCAAGACCUUCUAUCUAAAGGGCCUGGUGCCAACCCUGCCCUUGCCGCUCUCUCUGGCCAGGAUAAUCCUCACUUCAAGCCUUCGGUGAAGCACACCCUGUCGCAGGAACUGAUCUUAUACUUCGAGAAGAUUCAAGCCGCUCUGAUGGACGAUAGUCCAGACAUUGAAGUGCAACGAUUACGCGAAGCUGCCUUAGAGUCCGUGUCUUCCGAACCAAGCAUACAUCAGCUCGUUCCGUACUUCGUCAACUUCAUCUCCACUCAGGUCACACAUCAUCUAGACGACAUCUUCGUCCUGCGGCAGAUGAUGGAACUCACCAACGCCCUAAUCAGCAACGACCACCUUUUCCUCUCGCCAUAUGCUAGCCCACUGUGUGCGCCUGUGCUCACAUGCAUAUUGGGCCGUAAGAUUGGCUCCGAGAAUGGCGUGGACGCACUUAAGGAGCAAUACAGUCUCAGAGAGUUUGCGGCUACUCUGGUCGGACAGAUUGCUCGAAAAUACUCCGAGACCAACAAGAUGCUUCGUCCGAAGCUCGUCCGCACGUGUCUCAAAAGCUUCCUUAAUCCAUCACUCCCGCCAGCUGUGUGGUAUGGUGCGGUAUGCGGCCUCGGUGCGGCGGGUGGCGCCGAUGUUGUCAAGGUCCUUUUACUGCGAAAUCUCAAGGAAUUCGAGACGUCGAUGCUCAUCCCAUUACGCCAGAAAAAUGAACAGAUUCCUAGCGCAGAAUUCGAGGCUUUAGUUGGUGUUAUUAUUAAGGUCAUCCAACUACUAUCGGAAGAUAAUCUCCCUAUUACGAAUGGCAUGAACGGAUUCUCUACCGAAAACGAGGCUAGCCAGAUCAAGGCAUUUUUGGGUGACACCAUUGGCGAGCGCAUCGUGGCCUUGGGCGAUCACAAGCUGAACCAGGCGAUCUUGGACGCACGCGACUUUCAGUAG